GACGACUUUUACCUUUCAUAUUAAAUCCUGGAAAACGAAAUGGCGCAAAACACCAACUGCAAUCUUUUUUUUCCAUUUGCCAUUUUCUGCUAUUAUUAUAAUAAUAAUACAGCCGGCCAAAUCCCCGUCUGCUACCGGUCAAGCAGAUCCAUCCAUUCCAUUCCGUCGGGCCUGAAUUUUUCAAACAGAGAAAAAGAAACGGUCACUCUCACUCUCGUUCACAGACGAAAAACUGACUACUUUGUAAUGGCUAGAGGCUGUUUGGGUCACCAUAUCACUCAAGUGGAGCUGCCGCUGGUGUUUGGCAAUGGGAUUUCUCAUCUUCUGCUCCCUCUAUCUUUAUCUGAUCCAGCUUGCUGCUGGACAACAGACCACCGACCCUGCUGAAGUGAUGGCUCUGAAGGCUAUGGCCGAGUACUGGAACUUGAAGAGCUGGAAUUUCACUACAAUGGAUCCAUGUGCUGAAAAUGCUCCUUGGAGUGCGGAAGCUGCAAACCCGCGUCUUGCCUGCGAUUGCUCUUCCUUCCCUAACAAUACCUGCCACGUCACCCACCUGAAGAUCUAUGCGAGAGAUAUAUCAGGAGAGCUCCCAAAGUACCUGUUCCAACUGACCGAGCUUGUUGACUUGAAUCUGGGUCAGAACGUGUUGAGCGGACCAAUACCUGGGGAAAUUAGCCGAUUCUCCAAGAUGCAGUACCUGAGCCUGGGCAUUAACAAUCUAUCAGGAAUCUUGCCACCUGAGCUCGGAAAUCUCACAAAACUGAUUUCCCUGAGUUUUAGUUCAAACAAGUUCACCGGCACUCUGCCAACGGAGCUUGGCAACCUGGCAUCCCUGGAGCAGCUGUACAUUGACAGCAGUGGCAUGAGUGGAGAGAUUCCACAAGAACUUGCAAAAUUGAAGUCUCUUAAGAUACUUUGGGCAUCUGAUAACCGCUUUACUGGGAAAUUACCAGGAUUUUUUGGAACCCUCACGGAGCUCACAGACCUGCGAAUUCAAGGGACACUACUUGAGGGUCCAAUCCCGAGCAGCUUUUCUUCUCUAACAAAACUUGACAACUUGAGACUUGGUGAUUUUACUUCGGCAGACUCUUCUCUUGCUUUUCUGGAAAACUUAACCAGUUUGUCCAUUCUAUCUUUGAGAAACAGUCAAGUUGCUGGCCAACUUCUAGAAGCACUUGGAGACUUUCCUAAGCUGAAAUUCUUAGACUUGAGCUUCAACAAGUUGACAGGUCAGAUCCCGAGCUCAUUCCAGAACUUCAAGUCUUUGGGAUUUUUGUAUCUUGGAAACAACAGACUAACCGGGGAACUGCCUUCAAAUAUUUUAACUCCAAAGCUUGUGGCACUAGAUGUCUCAUUCAAUCCCAUCACAGGAAAUGUUCCGGUAAAUUAUGUCAAAGAAGGCUUAGCAAUGAACUUUGUGGGGACUUCCAUGAAUGCAAACAGUGUAUAUGAUAGGAAAAGUUUAGGUAUAUGGCAUUGCCUCCAAGAGGGUUCUUCAUGCACAAACAAGGAUCCAACCUACACUUCAUUCUCUGUGAAUUGUGGUGGCACAGAACAAACAUCUGCAUCCGGCAUUGAUUUCUAUGAUGACUCGGAAAUUUUGGGACCUUCAUCAUUGUACACCAGCUCCCAACAUCAAUGGGCAGUAAGCAACACAGGCUUUUACAUCUCCAACCCCAAUGGCCCUCAAUACAUAGCAAUGACAGAUUCUCAAAUCCUGGGGACUUUAGAGUCAGAACUAUAUAAAACAGCAAGGAUUUCACCAAGCUCAUUAAGGUACUAUGGCCUUGGUUUGAAGAAUGGAAAAUACAUUGUUGAACUCCACUUUGCAGAGAUAGUCAUGGAUGAUUCAGAGUCUUGGAAAGGUCUUGGGAGGCGCAUAUUCGAUGUCUACAUCCAGGGGGAGAAAGUACUGCAAGAUUUUAACAUCCAAGAUGAAGCCAAGGGCUCCAAAAGAGCUGUCAUAAAAACGUUCAUGGCAAAUGUGACAGACACAGCCAUGGAGAUCCACUUCUUUUGGGCUGGAAAAGGGACCUGCUGCAUUCCAUUUCAAUCAACUUUCGGGCCGCUAGUGUCAGCCAUACAUGUUUCUCUAGAGUCCUCUAGUGGUGGUUCGCCCUCGAAUAAUUAUAGAAGACGUACAGGAAAAGUUAUCGGUAUAGCUGUCGGAUGUGCAGGUGGACUAUUGAUACUCUCAUCCAUUUUCUAUAUAUGGUGGAAGAAGGAUGCACCUGGCCAUAUGCGAGUGCACACGGACUCACCAAGAAAAGGAUGAUGACCUGGCCACACAAGUAUUUGUAGCUAUCAUAUGCAUGCAUGCUUGUUAUGUGUGAUGUAAAUAAAUAAACAAGGUAAGAUACACAUGCAGAUCCAUGUUGAUAAGGAUUUUGUAUUGGAUAUUGUAAGACCUAAACAGCUGAUACAAAAAAUGUAAAGACCUAAGCUGAAAUCAGACGCAUAUUCAGGU